AUGAUGCUCAUGAUCAUGUCCAAAAUUCUUGUACGGGUAUACGGCUCCCGUCACAGUAGCACUGUUGGCAAAGCCUUCACAUUUCCAGAGAUGCCACAAUGACUAGGUAUCCAACAAAAUGAUAGUAAAUAGUUUUGUAAUUGGCAAUGCAACAGCUUUCACUUAAAUUCAAAUAUUACAUGAAAAAAUGGGUUUAAUUUUAGUGAAAAUUUUGCUGAGCUCUAUAACGCAUUUAAUAAAUCACUCAAUACAUUGGAGUAUUUAGAUGCAUCUGUAUACAUUUAAUGCCAGUUAGGCGAUUUACUAUUACAUUGCAAUUAAAAUUUGCAUUGGCAUUAAAAUCAGAUUUUUCAAUGUAAAGAGAAAAGCAAAUCUCUGGAGAAAGAAGAAGAGAAUCAUAAGAAGAGCUAAAUAGAGGAAGUCCAUAAAAAUAAUGAGUUGGAGCUUGUAAUUGUUUGAAUUUCAGGAAGCUAUUUAAUAGACAAGGUAAUGUUUAUGUGAAGGGAGUAAUUUUGAGAAAGAGACUCCAGUUUGGAUUUGAGGGGAUGAUUCUGGAACUGGACAUUUAAAUACAAAACACAAAAUUACGUUUAAUAUUUUUUAUAUUUAGACGCAAGUGACGGCAGUCAAAAUUACUUGAAAGGAUUCAAUCAAGGACCCCCAAGAAACUAAGAUAAUGAGUAACAUCAAAUUAUGGCGACUUAUUUCUAAAUCCAACCUAUUCUAGGCAUGUUUGGCUACCAAUUUGAUAUCGAUAAGACUACUGCGUAAUGCGUUAGCGUUUAAUGAAAUAGAUAUAUAUAGACUUCCCCUUCAUAGUCUGUGCUUAGUGCUUGCUGCAGCUGCAGGCUGCUUAAUGCUUUAAAUAGCUUUUUAAUACAAAUUAUUAAGUCUGGUUUCCCUUCAAAGCGUAAAUAAAUUGUUGACCUAAAGGCUGCAAACACAUGACCUGGUCAUAAAAUCAUAAAAUUUUAUAGAAAUUAGAAUAAUUAGUUUGUGAAUUGGACAGUGCUCAAUUUACAAACGAAGUGAAGUUAGAAGUUAUAUUUCAUUGGAUUUUCCAUGGGAGGCUGCAAACUGCAACAAACAUGAUCCGUGAAAUAAUAUUCGUAUUACUAGCUAUAAUCACUGCUUCGAGUGUAUGGUCAUUAUUAAGCAAUGUUUUUCAUAUGGCGUUUAUCGAUAAUAUGCUGUUGGAUACUGUUAUCGGAGUUGUGGGUGCUGGUAACUUCUCCUAUUGGCAACUAGGGCAUAGUGGGCCUCUACGAGUUGAAUUAACUUCUCUCAGUGGGGAUGCCGAUCUUUAUGUAGCUGAUAAUUUAAGACCAAGCUUUGAAUUUGGUAAACAUAACUUCAGCUCUAUAAGCUUUGGUGUUGAUAUUGUCAAAAUUCCUGCUGAUUUCCCAAGACCUGUUGGUAUAGGUGUAUAUGGACAUGGAGCCCACCCAGUAUCAACAUACAGUAUCAAUGUUUUCCUAGAAGAUGGAGAUGCAAAUGAAAUAAGAUUUAAUAAAGUCAAAAUUGAAUCAACAGUUUCUAAACCAAAAGAAAAAAUUACAACAGAAAGAGUUGAAGAAAAGCCACGCUUUUUAAAAUUUCAAAAUUUUUUAGAUAUGGUUUUUGACACAUUUGUAUUGUGAAACUGCCAUCUUUAAUUCAAUUGUGAAGAAUAAAAUUACGGUCAUAAGCAGGGCUGUCGGACCAUAUAAUUGGAUACAAAUUGUGUAUAACAAUCUGAGGUGGCUAUGUAUUUGGUGUGCAUAAUAUACACAAAAAUAUUCAAACUUAAUUGAAACAAGACUAUGCAUAGACAAUAAUGUAUUAUUUUUUAUAGAUUCAUUCUCUAUAGUUUUAUAUCUGUUGUGGGUAAGAAUUGAAAUAUAUGAAAUAUUCACUGUCUAUGUUGAUAAUUUGUAAAACAUAAGUAUUAAAGUUUCUGUACAGUAUAAUCUUUGUUGCUCCAGAGUAAUAAAAAUUAUUUUAUCCAUUAAAAACAUUAUUGUUACAAAUAUAUAUCACAUUUAAAUUAAUUAAAUAUAGUUUUUUAAUUGUGAAUAUCUAGUCUGAAUUUGAGUAUAAAUAAAAGUUUAUCACAUA